CCAACCAUUCCUUUUUUCCAUCUUCACUGUGUUAAUUUCUCCACAAUAAAUUGGGUCCUGGGCAGUUGAAUCCAUGAAUAACUUAUCAGUGAACCAAGCUUUUUGUUAUCUCAAGCUCUGCUAAAGAUGGCAAUGGAAAUACACAUUGAAGCUGUUCAGACAGUGUCACCAUUCAAGGUGACCGAGCCACGACAAGUACACCGAGUCUCCGUGGCUGACCCGGUUCCUCCCGGUGUUUUCCAGAGGUGCCUUAACAUUGUGUUUUACUACAACCAGGUGGCGGAUGAGGAUUCUGGGUGGUUAGCUGCCGGAUGGAUCAAGGAGUCGCUGGCCAGGGCUCAGGCAGAGCAACCUGCGCUUAGCGGACGCCUACGCAGAGGGGAAGAUGGACGUGGAGAUCUAGAGAUUGUGACAAAUGAUUCUGGAGUUAGACUUGUUGAAGCAAAAAUUCCAGUAACUAUGGCAGAGUUUCUUGAUGUGAAGGAGGGGGACAAGGAUGCAGGGACUCAACUUGUCUUCUGGAAGGACAUUGAUGAACAGAAUCCUCAGUACUCUCCACUGCUCUAUGUUCAGGUGACCAAUUUCCGGUGCGGCGGAUACUCGGUUGGGAUCAGCUGCAGCCUUCUUCUGGCAGAUCUUCUAUUCAAGAACAAGUUCCUCAAACAAUGGGCUGAGAUUCACAAUGAUUUAGUCUCCAAGACUGAAGCUGUUGCUAGAGUACCCACUUUCUACUUUCCAAAUCUGAAGAAGACGAACACUUCUCCUGCCAGCUUCUUCCCCUCCAGCCAGAGCAAAAAUGGUGGCCAAACCAUGGUCUUCACCUCUAAAACCGUAUACCCGGCUAAAGAAGUGGCAAUGGUGUGCAUUGAGGAGGCGGAAUUGAAAACUGGUCGCAAAAUCUAUGGUGAAUUUUGUUUGUUCUCGAGAGAAUCCACUCAAGUAAUCAAGGUGGAAAGUGUUAGGAACGAGGUGAUGGUACAGAAACACUGGAGGCUUAGCAGUGAAGUGGAAGAUUCAAGUUGGGAUGAUUUAGGAGGCAAUGAGGUUGCUUUCAGUGAAGGGAACAAACCUGCUCAUGCCUCAUAUUGGUUUGGAACAACUUAUCCUGGAGGAGAAGGGAUUGUGAUGGCAUUUCCAUCUCCUAAUGAGAGCACAACUGAAAUGAACAUUAUCCUUGCCUUUCCACAAUGAACAAGAAAAGGCACCACAUGAACUGAAAACUUUCUUCAAUUGUUGAUUUCUUCCAUAUGAUUCCAGUUUUGCAGAAGUUGCAAGAAUGCCAAAACUGGUUGUUUGUUGAAAUAUAUUAAGCUACUUCCUGUGA